AUGGCAACAUCAUCCAACCCCCUCGGCUCCGGUCCGCGCUACGGCCUCGGCCGCCCAAACCCCACGCCCAAUCCCGCCCAAAACACCUUCAGCACACCCGCCUUCCCCAGCAACAACCCCAAGAACGCGCAGCGCCUCGAAUCCGAACGCCUAGAGCGCGACCGCAAAGCGCGGGAGGACCGCGAGAGAAUGGAAGCAGCCGGCCAAAACAGUCUCGCUGAGCUGAGCGAGGAGCAAAGGGAGGAGAUUGGCGAGGCGUUUAACCUCUUCGACUUGGACAAGGACACUUAUAUCGACUACCACGAGCUGAAGGUCGCGAUGAAGGCGCUCGGGUUUGACCUCCCCAAGGCGGAGAUUCUGGGUAUUCUGCAAACACAUGGCGUGGCUGCUCCGUCUGCGUCGUCGUCGUCGAAGCAGCCAGCGGGCCAGGCGAGACAGCAACAGUACCAAUCUCCUCCGCGGCAGUUGUUGAGUUUCCAGGCGUUCCAGACGCUCAUGGCGCAGAUGAUAUUGACUAGGAAACCAGAGGAAGAAAUUAUACGCGCAUUUGAGCUCUUUGAUGAGGGGGGCAAGGGCAAGAUCACGCUGCAAGACCUGACGCGUGUGGCGCGCGAGUUGGGCGAAGGCCUGUCUCACGACGAAUUAGUUGCCAUGAUUGAGGAGUUUGAUAUGGAUGGAGACAAUGCGAUUAGUCGGGACGAGUUCGUCAAUAUCUGCUUGGGUUGA